AUGCAGUCGUCGGAUCCUCGACGGUUUUUUGAAACCGACGCCGAACAGGCGAAGAGAGAAAAGCGUGCCGUGAAAGCAAGCAAUAAGUUUGGCAGUCCUAUUGCCCUAAAGUCGAAAAUUGUUGCUGCUGUUGUCGACCCAAGCUCACCGUCCUCUACCGUCUUCAUUGCUGAAUCUGCGGGUACGGUGCGGAGAGUCAAUGUUGAUGAUGAAGGGACAGGUACAGUGUACCGUGGUCCAACUGCACCCGUCACAUCCGUUGCGGUUGGCGGGUCUCAGGACAAGACGGUCUUCGCUGGCAGUUGGGAUAAGAACAUCUGGUCAUGGGAUAUAGACUCACGAUCACCUGGCCGAAAAUACGUUGGUCAUAGCGACUUUGUGAAAGCUAUUAUCUGCGCGAAAGUUGGGGGAAAGAAUGUCCUCAUCAGUGGUGGCUCGGACAAGAGGAUUAUUGUCUGGGACAUCGAUACUGGCAUACGAUUACAUACCCUACAAGAUUCCGGAAUCAGCAUGCUUGCUGUCCAAGGUCUUGUCAUCGAUCCGGUUCAAUCAUCUCCUGAUGAGCUGUAUUUAGUGAGCGCCAGCAGCGACCCUCACAUUCGGAGGUGGCGCAUUCGACUGGACUCUUGGGAACAGGUAGUAGAGGGCUCCCUUGUGACACCUGGUUCAGAGCAAAGGACAAUACUGGUCCAUGAGACAGGUGUCUACAAGCUAGUAUUUGAUCACGAUGGAGAGGAGGUCGAUCUUUGGACAUCCAGCGCAGAUGGAACCGCGAAAUGCCUAUCUCGUUUGAAGAACUUUUCCAGCGAGGAUAGCUUCAACCACGGCGAUCAUGUCCGCGCUAUGGCUGUAUCGGAUGAAUGGGUCAUAACGGCAGGCAGGGAUGAAGACUUGAAAUUUUGGGAACGGACUUCUGGUAAGGUUUCUUACUCGCUUGAGGGUCACUACGAUGAAGUCACGGACCUGGUUGUCUUGAAGAGCCCAAACAGACGUCAGGAUCGACUGUGUAGUGUAAGCAUUGAUGGCACAGUGAGAACUUGGCCUCUGGAGAAAGGCGGACUAGACGCUGUCAUCAAGGAGCAGGAGGAGGCCAAGAUAGAAAAGAAUAAGGAGAAUGAGACAGAUACGACGGAGGAGAACUUGCUGACUGCUGACGAGGAGGCUGAACUGGCAGCAUUGAUGGACGAUGACUAG